AUGCCCUUUUUCAGUAUAACUAAAGAAAUGGCCAUUGGGACCGCAGUCCUAGGGGUUGCUUUUGCUACUGGAGUCUUAGCAGGUAAAAAAUAUCCAUUUUUAGCUUUUGGAAUUCCCCGAUCACCCAAGACUCUACUUGGAAAAGGGAGCCCACUAUGGCAAUACAUAUUGGAUCACUCUCUGCGGGAGCAUCCAGUCCUAAAGAAGCUGCGACUGCUCACCUUGGACCAUCCCUGGAGUAGAAUGAUGGUGUCUUGUGACCAAGCUCAGCUUAUGGCAAACUUGGCCAAACUCAUCAAAGCCAAGAAAGCUAUUGAAAUAGGUGUUUUUACAGGCUAUAAUACCUUAAACAUGGCACUAGUCUUGCCAGAUGAUGGCAAAGUCGUUGCCUGCGAUAUAAAUGAAGAUUACGUCAGUAUUGGAAAGCCACUGUGGAAAGAGGCAGGAGUGGAGCAUAAAAUAGACUUGCGGAUUAAACCAGCAAUUCAAACACUUGAUGAACUACUGGCAGACGGUGAAGCUGGGACCUAUGACUUUGCUUUCAUAGAUGCAGAUAAACAGAGUUACAAUGAGUACUAUGAAAAAUGUUUACGUCUCAUAAGGAAAGGGGGAAUCAUAGCUAUUGAUAACGUUUUAUGGCACGGGAAAGUAUUGAAGCCAAGCAAGAAUGAUAUGGAAACCCAAAGCCUCCACCACCUCAAUGAGAAGAUCUUACGAGAUGUACGAGUCAAUAUCAGCAUGCUCCCAAUGGGGGAUGGAGUGACACUAGCAUUCAAGCUAUAGUGGGAGAAAAAUGCUGAGCAAUGACAGGGAGACAGAGAAGAAACAAUUCAUCAGGCAAAACUAAGGUGGAACAUGAGUAGCAUCUGUGAACCUGUGUCUCAGCUGAAUAGCAUAAAGCUGGGAAAACAGCCCUUGAAAUGACCAGAAAAACUACAGGUAUCUAAAUACAAUGGUAGAAAAAAGAUUUAUAUUAAAAUUUAGUAUAAUUUUAUAUCACAAUAAAAAGGAAAAACCCACAGUAAGUUGUCUUUGUAAGAGAUAGUGAUAGAGGGAAGGAAUCUCCUUAACGACUCACUCCUUCAAGACACUGAAUGACUUUUUUAUUAUUUGUAUUAUGAGAUACAGACAUUCCCCAUUGUAAAGAGCUUACAUUUACACACGCAACACAGAUAAAGGGUGAGCACUGAAGCACUGAAAGAUUAAGUGAUUUAUCCAAGAUCCCAUAGGGAAUCUGUAGCACUGCCAGGAAUGGAGCCCUGACGGCUCCAGGCCCAGUUCAGCGUGUUAACCAAAAGACCAUCUUUCCUUGGCUUUCACUGCCUUGAAGGGGAUUUAACAGUGCUCACCAUCUCUUAGGAGUGGUCCUGUAAAUCACUCUAGAAACGAAGCCACAAAGCAGCAUGAGUAACCAGGAGAGGAAAGCAGCUGUAACCCAGCACAAUGAAACCUAUGCGCCACUGACAGAAGGGCAAAAGGGUCAUGCUGGCAACAAAGCUGAGAAUGGGAGGUAGCAUAACGGUAGCAUUGCCAGGAGACUGGUGAGAUCGGAGGACACAUACUCGGGUUAGAUGAUUGCCACUCUACAGUUGUGUUAGUGUUGCUGCUUUAAUCCAUGCAGAGGACAUAGCAAAAUGUGUGCUGCUGUUCCUCGUUAUCUUACUUACCGAACAAGCGGUGGGGAUGUAGUGGGUAGUCUGCCAGUGACAUUUAAGGUCAUGAAGACUUAAGAAAACAAGAGAUGGGCCCUGUGUAAUCAGGCUGUGAGCUCCCUGUAAGAUCAAUUUCUCAAACAGCAGGGAGCCUGUAGCAUUGCUGUUCAUGCCCAGUAUUUGGUAUAGUAUCUCCUCAUACACUGCAGUUGUCACCAACCAAUCGAUCACCAUCUCCGACAGCGCAGCAGGGCUGCCACU